AUGCUGUUCUACUUUGAUCCUGCAGCUAUUUGCAAUUUACCAACGGAUCUAAUUCUUGCUCCUCUUCCGGCAAAGAAACAGCUAUGGGAAGCGGACAAUGAGGCUGUAUGGAGGUUGGAAAGUCAAAAGCAAGGCGGACUUCAGACUGAAUUUGGACUAGCUGGCAGCGGGGAGCUAGUCAAACUUGGGGAGAAUUUUAGUGAGGCAGCGCUGGUUCAUACAGCUAUCACUGCAGAGAGCCCAAAGAGGACCACUGCAAGUUGGGAAGACUGGUGCGAGGGGAUGGACGGACUAGGGGGACUUGUUAUGCUCGCUGCUUCCAUGGUGGUAUAG